CUGAAAGAGUGCCUGACCCUGUUGAUUUGAAGGUCAAGUGUUCGCAGUCAAUCAACCACCAGCCAUCCUAAUCUGCCUUUGAUCUGUUCCCCGUCUAUCGCCGCCAUUGCUCUUAACAUCAGCACCUCCACCCACCUCGAUCUGACCAAACAAACAGCGAACCGACCUGCGUCUUGCCGGCAACACGUCCUCGCUCUCUUUUUUUUUAUCGUUGAAAACGCCUGCUAUUUAUUGCCUUGCGAUCUGUCGCCUUUAUCGUUCUCUUUCUUUCUUCAACCCACCCACUUACGUACUUUAGCUACCUACAUAAUCUCUCUAGCCAACCAUGAAUCCCGAGUACGACUAUCUGUUCAAGCUCCUCCUUAUCGGAGACUCCGGUGUCGGAAAGUCUUGUCUGCUGUUGCGGUUCGCCGACGACACCUACACCGAGUCCUACAUCUCAACCAUCGGCGUCGACUUUAAAAUCCGGACUAUUGAGCUGGAUGGAAAGACCGUCAAGCUUCAGAUUUGGGACACUGCCGGACAAGAGCGCUUCCGUACCAUCACCUCUUCCUACUACCGCGGCGCCCACGGCAUUUGCGUUGUCUACGAUGUCACGGACAUGGACUCGUUCAACAACGUGAAGCAGUGGCUGCAGGAGAUUGACAGAUAUGCCACUGAGGGCGUCAACAAGCUCCUGGUCGGAAACAAGAGCGAUAUGGCAGACAAGAAGGUUGUCGACUACACGGUCGCCAAGGAGUUCGCCGACAGCCUCGGCAUCCCGUUCCUUGAGACAUCAGCGAAGAACGCAAACAACGUUGAGCAGGCUUUCCUGACCAUGGCCAGGCAGAUCAAGGAGAGGAUGGGCACCACAACAACAAACAACUCGAAGCCAUCGGUACAGGUCGGCCCAGGCCAGGGUGUGGGAUCGAACCAGAGCAACAGCUGCUGUUAAACGGCCGUUUGCAAUAGGCCGGUAUUGACUGAGAGUCCCUCGUAUACCUCCCGGUGCCCUGAUGACAAGAGAAGUCCUAUCAAGAUGCCUUGUCAUCGUUGUGUACAUUUUUUUUUCUGUGGCUGCUCUCUUUGGGUGGUUGGCGGUCGUCACUUGAUUUCGCCCUCUGGUGAGGACUCGGCCAAGGCGCUUAUGCUGUGGAGAUACCGAGUGGGACGACGGUUGGAGACAGGCCGAGAGAAUAUGAUGACGACUGGAAUUUGGGUUGGGGACUGCAUAUCGAGUUUCUCUGUCUUGUUAUUUUGACCCGUUUCUUCUUGUUCUACUUUUUUUUAGCUUUUUUUUUUCUUUUUCAUGCCACGCAUAGAUGAAUCGUUGCCUGUUCUUGGAUUCGCGUCCGCCAUCCAAUCACUGACUGAAUCACCUCGUCCUCCUUGUAACCGGAAGUAUUGCA